UUUGAUUUUGUAAACAAUUCGGAAAGCCGGCUGAAGACAUGGAUCGCUUGGCGAGGAUCUUCUCGCAGCAGGACGAACUGAUAGCCCUUGACGGUGGGCUUAAGGAUGAGUACGAAGCCUUCAAGUCCCUGAACACUUUGCCGCCGGAAAAGCGCCUGAUGCUUAAACAGUUGACACUGAAACUGCUGACGGACUUGGAGCUGCCGCAUGAUAGGGAAUCAUGCGCGAAGAGAUCACGGACCCUUCGCGAGGAGGGAAACUUUGUUUUCAGGGAUGAUACCAAGGAAUCGGAACAAAUACUGAAAGCCUGCCGAUUCUACACGAGCGCAGUCUUUGAGGCAGAGGACGCUUUAGAUGAACUGGCACUGGCCUUUGCCAACCGAGGCAUGGCUUUGCAGGAGUACGGUUAUUACCGUGAGGCCUACGACGAUUGCUCUAAUGCGCUGGAUUGUGGGUAUCCAGAGAAGCUGCAGCACAAGGUAAUCAUGCGCCAAGCUUAUUGUGCUUGGAAAAUGGAAAAUAUUGAAGCGUUCGAGGAGCACUUGGCGUGUCUGGAGAAGCUGCAGCUGAAUGAAGGCUAUGUGCGUCAGGUAAAGCAUCUAAAAGAGAAGCUGAAGCUACUGAAGAGCAGCCACAUAAAGCUGCCAGUAACUAUUAAAGGAGAGGGUGGCACAGCUCUGGAGGAAAUCCUUACAGAUCCUGGAGAGCGUGGUCGCUAUAUGGUGGCCAAAGCUAUACCACAGGGCACGGUGAUCUUCUCUGAACAAGCUUCAUGCUUUGUUCCCUUAGAGCAGCGACUGAUUUGCCAGCAGUGUGCCGCCAGCUUGAUGAGUGCACCUAUUCCCUGCUCGCAGUGUCACCAGCGAGUGGUGUACUGCUCCAGGAAAUGCAGGGAGAAGCACUCGGCCAUCCACCGAUACGAGUGCGCCGCUUACCGUCGGGAUUUGCUUAAGCUUCUUGGCGUUUCUCACCUGGCACUGCGUAUGGUCUUGGCCUAUAUGCCUCUGAUGCUGCCAAAUCUCGUGAACUGUACCAGCUCCGAAUCGAUUUGGAGUAAAAUCAUCGAUUUGUCAACAAAGCCGUGGGAUUCAAAGGAGGCUGCACCUGAGUAUGUGCAAAGUCUGCGUAUGACCAGCCACCUGAAGCAGGCCUCGCAGGCGGAGUUGGUCUACCAUAUUCUCUGCGCCAACCUUCUUCAGACGUAUCUUAAGGAGCACACAGACUUCUUCAACCAGUUCAACACCUCAUCAGCUCGCGUUGAAGACUGGCAAACGGUUAUAUCAGCAUUGAUUCUUCGAUCCGCAGGACAAUUAUUAACCAAUGGCCAUGUGAGCAGUUCCCUGCUGCCAGUUGGCCUCAAAGCCAAUGAAUUUGCCCUGCUGCAGUCCGAUAUGUGGGAGAAGCCGCUUCAUCUGAAGCUCGGACUGCUGCACAAUCUGGCUCAUUCGGAGCUAAUUACGGCCAUCAAUCUGCCAUAUUUGAGCUUGUGCAACCAUGCCUGUGCACCCUCCAUUCACACCAAGUUUGACGGAUGCUCUGUCGUUAAUUAUUCUAUAAGCGACAUUGCGGCUGGCGAUGAGAUCUUCAACUGCUACACUCGGGACUAUAGGAACAGCUUAAAGCAGCAGCGCUCGCAGCCAUUGGAGGAAGUCUACAAGUUCCACUGCAGCUGCAACAAGUGCACACGCCCCGAUCCCGAUCAGGAUUACGUAACUCACUUUCAUCGGUAUCGCUGCGAGAAGCCAAACUGCCGACAGGUUUUUACGCCCGAAGUCGGUCAACUUCCAAAUAAUAAUAUCAACUGGUGGCUGCAAUCGCAUACAGAAAAUUCCAUUAUUUGCACAGUCUGCAAGGAGCGUCAGCUUUUCCCCUGGUAUAACGAAUUCUUAGAUCUCGUCGAGAGCUGUGUUGACUAUUCAAAAAGACAGCUGCUCUUCAAGGCAUAUGAUGAUCUGGACAAAUGGCUAAUGGAGCAUCACAGUCUCAAAAGAACUCUGGCCGCAGAGCUAAUCAUAGCCUGCUUUUUGGACAUAGAUGUAGGCAGUAAUCUGGAGGAUUGGGAAUACGAGAAGCUGGCAAAGGUUAUCCGGAAUCAGUUGAAGGGAACUGCGGCCCAGUGUGGAGCUAACUCCAUGGAGUAUCUCACACAGAUGACCUAUCUUUGGGAUCUAAUCGCAUCAAAGAGAUGCGAAAGCAACGAAAUGGAAUUGAAGGUGCUGAAAGGUAAGCUGGAGCAUCUGACCAGCGAAUAUCGCGAGGUGUUCCUGAACUAUUACAACGAUUUUAUUGAGCAACAAUUUAAAUAACGAUGAUAUACACGCUAUAAAUUCACUAGUUUCGAGCUACAAUCAAUUAACACUGGCACUUUUAACCUACAAC